CAGCUCCAAGCCCUGGACUACUUGACUACGACGCAGUGCAUCCUUUCACGAUCUCGUUCUGCUCGUUUUACGCACACGACACUACGCAACACGCACGUACACCAGCCACCAUGUCCAGAGAAGCCGUCAAGACAACCAACGCCCCGACACCGCCCCCGGGCCUGUCGCAGGCAAUAAGGUACAAUGGCAUGGUUUACUGCUCUGGUAACAUUGGCAGCGACCUCAACGGGACCCUGGUCACUGGCGGCGUCAAGGAGGAGACUCGCGCCGCACUGCAGCACCUCUCGGCCGUUCUCGAAGCCGCCGGCUCGAGCCUGGCCAACGCGGUCAAGGUCAACGUCUUUCUGACCACCAUGGACGACUUCACGGCCAUGCACGAGGCCUACAACGAGGCGUUUGCCCAUGUCGAUCCCAAGCCGGUCCGUACCGCGGUAGCCGUGUACCAGCUUCCCCGGGGCGCCAAGGUGGAGAUUGAGUGCUCGGCGGCCCUGAACCCGAGCCACAAGCUGUGAGCGGCGGUUGUGAUAUAAAAAAAUAAGGAAUAAAGGAACGUCGCGUCCAAUAAACAGACAUGACCCCCCAAAUUCCCCUGUGAUCAGGUCAACUGCUAAAGACUGUGCUGGGUGGCUCUUUUUCAACACGACUGACCUGCCUCAAUUCAACCUCACCUGACCCUUUACUAGGCAAAUUGCAGAGCAUGAUAUGUUCAGAAUUG